GACACACUUUUCAAGAGAAUUGAACUUGAUCAGUUAAAAAUUAGAAUAACAUUUUACAUUUUAUCUAUGAUAAUGAAAAAUAAAAUCUUAUGAAGCUUAUACAGAUUACUGAGCCUCAUCUAUUUUUUUUUAUGUGUGUAGAGUCAAAUCCCAACAAUGAAUUAUAUCCUUCAGACUUACAAAGAUGGGGUGAAAACCAUAAAAUUCAACAAACCCCAAAGGAAAAACGCUUUAUCAUCGGAUAUGUACCAAGCACUUCGUGAAAUUUUAACCGAAGAUGCCAAGAACGACAAAAUUGUGGUCACCAUAAUCACAGGUACAGGAGACUACUUCACUAGUGGCAAUGAUUUGAAGAGCGCCAUGUCAAAUCCAGAACCCAAAGAAGUGAAAUUGAAAUUAGUACAAGAUAUGAUCGAGGCCUUCAUAGCUUAUCCAAAACUGCUGAUUGCUGUGGUGAAUGGUAGAGCUAUUGGAAUUGGAGCUACUGUAGUAGCAUUGUGUGAUAUUGUUUAUGCCACAGAUGACGCUGUUUUUGAGGCACCUUUUGUGGAAAUUGGCCUGUGUGCUGAAGGUUGUUCCAGUUAUACAUUCCCUUACAUUCUAGGAAGGAGCAAAGCCUCUGAGGUUUUGUAUUUGGGGCAUAAGCUGUCUGCUGAAGAAGCUCUCCAAUUUGGAUUGGUUUCCAAAAUUAUUCCACAGGCACAGUUAGAAUCUUUUAUAGCUGGUUUACAUAAAUAUGGUAAAAUUCCUGUCCAGAGCCUCAUUAUCAAUAAAGCUUUAGUUAUGAGUAAUUGGAAGAAAGGUUUGAGUAGGUCUAAUGCAAGGGAAUUCAAGCAGUUAGGGGAAUGUGUUGAUUCUGAGGAGUUUUCUAAUGCUGUAAUAGCUUUUAUGAGUAGGAAAAGUAAACUUUAAUGAUACAAGCUAUAAUCAUGCAUACCUAUUUGCAUUUGUUUAUAAUAAGCAAAAGUGGAUAUAUGUAGUAAUAAGCUUUACCAGGUUUUUGUAUUGUUUUCAUUUAUACAAUGGCAUGUAAACAUAUUUUUCUCUAUUUAAAAUAUAUGUCUUUAGGGGAAUUUUCUCGGAAAAUUUAUUGAUAUAUGUGUUUGUUAGAAUAUCAAAUUUCAUUGUAAAAUAUGGAAAAGGUCCUUUAUUGUUUUUUUAUCAUAAGUUCAAUAGACCAUUGGCAUAUCAGGAACUAUAUUUUUAUUAUUGUUAACAAUAAAAAAGUUCUACAAUUUAUUGUCAUUAUAUCCUUUAUCCUUUACAAUUCAUUCCAGAAUAAUAUGUUCUUGAAAUUCACCUACAAAUCACAAAUG